ACUAGUACCGGCAUGAUACCGAUUCGAUUUCACAAUUCGAUACCAUUUGCUUAGCCUAAAUAAAUAGUGUGUCAUUCGCUAAAACCCAUGGCAAAACUAGAGAGAUCUUCUUAUAUGUAUGGGGCGAAAGUGUGAAAAAAGAAUUUAAACAAGAGCCUUUUCUUUUCCCCCAAGACAUCUCCUUCCUUCCCAAUCUCUCCUCCGAUCCCAACCGUCCACACUUGUUAACUCCGUUUCCAGCGUAGAUAUGUCGUCAUCACAUCUUCCAGCCACAUCAGAAUCACUCGACCUAGCUUCAGAAGCCAAAAGCCCAUCCGACGCCAUCACCAUACUUUAUCAAGUCCUAAACAACCCCGCAUCUUCUUCCGAAGCCCUGCGCGUCAAAGAACAAGCAAUCACAAAACUUUCCGAACUCCUCAGGGACGAAAAUCGAGGAGAAGAUCUCCGCAGCCUUUUAACCACAUUACGACCAUUCUUCUCACUCAUCCCGAAAGCCAAAACGGCAAAAAUCGUCAGGGGAAUCAUAGAUUCCGUUGCCAAAAUACCAAACACCACCGAUCUUCAAAUAUCGUUAUGUAGAGAAAUGGUAGAAUGGACCCGGUCUGAAAAACGUACCUUUUUACGGCAACGGAUUGAGGCCCGUCUUGCUGCGUUGUUGAUGGAUAGCAAGGAGUAUUCCGAAGCGUUGACUUUACUCUCGGGUUUGGUCAAAGAGGUGAGAAGACUAGACGACAAAUUACUUCUGGUUGAUAUCGACUUACUGGAAAGUAAACUACACUUUUCGUUAAGAAACCUACCAAAAGCGAAAGCCGCAUUAACCGCCGCUAGAACCGCGGCAAACGCGAUCUACGUGCCGCCUGCGCAACAAGGCACGAUUGAUUUACAGAGUGGAAUUCUUCAUGCAGAAGAGAAGGAUUACAAAACGGCGUAUAGUUAUUUCUUUGAAGCGUUUGAGGCGUUUAAUGCUCUUGAUGAUCCGAGGGCUGUUUACAGUCUUAAGUAUAUGUUGCUGUGUAAGAUCAUGGUGAACCAGGCUGAUGACGUGGCAGGGAUAAUCUCGUCGAAAGCUUUGAAGUUUUUAGGUCCGGAACUUGAUGCGAUGAAAGCGGUUGCUGAUGCUUAUGCUAAGAGGUCGUUAAAGUUGUUUGAAACUGCCCUUCAGGAUUUUAAAGCGCAAUUGGACGAAGAUCCUAUUGUUCAUAGGCAUCUUUCUUCUCUCUAUGACACGCUUUUGGAGCAAAACUUAUGCAGGUUGAUCGAACCAUUUUCAAGGGUUGAAAUAGGUCACAUAGCGAGCCUGAUUGAGCUUCCGGUGGAGCAUGUGGAGAAGAAACUGUCGCAAAUGAUACUGGACAAAAAGUUUGCGGGAACACUGGAUCAGGGUGUUGGGUGUCUCAUCAUCUUUGAAGAUCCAAAAACGGAUGCUAUCUUCCCUGCAACUCUCGAGACCAUUCAAAACAUGGGCAAGGUUGUUGACAGCUUGUUUGUUAGAUCCGCCAAGAUAAUGGCAUGAUAUGCUUCGAGUUAAAUGCUUUUAUACUUGUUUCAAAUGUUACUUUCUUUGAGUUUGGUUAUGUUUUGACGUCUGUCUUGUGUCGUCUCGUGACUGAAGUUUAUAUAACAGAACUCUUUGGUUAGGAAAAGGCAACUACACUAAUUAAUGAAUACUGCUUUUCCCU